CUCUCAGGUCAUACAGCUUUUCCCCCAACUUUCUUCUCUGAACCGAGGCAAAGAAGGGAAAAUAAAUUUGACUCUGUUGUGUUCAAUAGUUUGAUCUGUUGGAAGGAUUUUGGGGCAUUUAAUCUAUUCGUUUUCCUUUUCGAAGUUGGUGCAAGCUUAUGAUUGGAUUUUGCUGAUGGGAGAUUGCUGGAGUGAUCGCUUCAAGUCUGUGAAUCCUCAUACAGGUCUUACAAGUCUUACAAGUUUCAGGUCUAAGAGAGGAGAUGGGGAACAUUCUCAUAUUUCCAGCAGCAAGGUAUCCUCCUUGAGUAAUAAUAUUGUGGUAGAUAUGGCGUCAGAAAUUCUGCAUUGCUCUAAUCUGAAACACUUUAGCUUUAAUGAAUUGAGAACGACAACGAGAAAUUUUCGCCCCGACAGUGUUGUUGGGGAGGGUGGAUUUGGUUCAGUCUUCAAAGGUUGGAUUGAUGAGCAUUCCUUAACUCCCACCAAGGCUGGCACUGACUUGGUAAUUGCUGUGAAGAGGCUCAAUAGAGAAGGGCUGCAGGGUCACAAGGAGUGGUUGGCGGAGAUCAACUACUUGGGGCAGCUUUCCCAUCCUAAUCUUGUGAAGCUGAUUGGUUACUGCUUUGAAGAUGACCACAGGCUGCUGGUAUAUGAAUUUAUGCAAAAGGGCAGUGCGGAAAAUCAUCUUUUCAGAAGAAGCUCUCACUUUCGACCACUUUCGUGGAACGUUCGGAUGAAAAUUGCUCUUGGUGCUGCCAGAGGACUUGCAUUUCUUCACAACAACGACAUGAACGUCAUAUAUCGCGACUUCAAGACAUCUAAUAUCCUUCUUGAUGCAAACUACGAUGCAAAGCUUUCUGAUUUUGGAUUAGCUAGAGAUGGGCCAGUUGGAGAUAGAAGUCAUGUCUCUACCAUAGUUAUGGGAACUCGUGGAUAUGCAGCUCCUGAAUACUUAGCCACAGGUCAUCUCACGGCGAGGAGCGAUGUAUAUAGUUUUGGGGUAGUUCUUCUCGAAAUGUUAUCAGGGCGACGAGCCAUUGACAAGAAUCGACCAACUGGGGAACACAACUUGGUCGAUUGGGCAAGACCAUAUUUAGUCAACAAACACAAAAUUCGUUGCAUCAUGGACAAUCGACUCGAGGGGCGCUACACUCUCGGACAAGCACAAAAGGCAGCAAACCUUGCAGUUCUCUGCCUAGCCACAGAACCGAAGCGCCGACCGAGCAUGAAUGAGGUUGUGACAACGUUGGAGCAGCUUCAGAAACCAUCUGAGAUUUUGAGAAGUGAAGGAGGCAAUUCUUUGCAUCAUAAGGCUAACCCAAAUGGAGUAUAACAAAAGGUUGAAGAGGAUGCAACAGGCAAACUUGUGAAUCGUACAGCUGCUGUAAUGUAAUGAUAUGUUUUUAACCCCAAAUCUCUCUUCUGCAAGCAAUUUUCUUUUCACAGCUUUGCCUUU